UUUAAAAAGGUUGUGCACAAUUAAUUUCAUUCAAAUUAAAAUUCAAUUAUCCCAACGGUUAUGCAUACUUCUACGGAUUUAGCUGUUGUCAAUGUAACGGGCUGUGCCCCUCAUCUGACAAAUGUUCCCUUAUCACCGCCACCUCACUUGAAAAGACGUACCGCUCCUGGUUUAACCAAUUCCACUACAAACAAUCAACAGCAGCACCAGCAGCAACAUCAUCCAACAAUUCAGGAAGAAAUUGCGUCGGCGAAUGAAGAUGCCGACAAAGUUAACUCGCCUCUAGUCAAACCUCCGUACUCAUAUAUUGCCCUAAUUACGAUGGCCAUUUUGCAGUCACCACAAAAGAAACUAACUUUAAGCGGAAUAUGUGAUUUCAUAAUGUCAAGAUUCGCCUAUUACAAAGACAAAUUUCCAGCGUGGCAAAAUUCCAUACGUCAUAACCUCAGCCUAAAUGACUGCUUUAUUAAGGUUCCUCGAGAGCCCGGCAAUCCCGGUAAGGGUAACUUUUGGACUCUCGACCCGCUGGCCGAAGACAUGUUCGAUAAUGGCAGCUUUCUGCGUCGACGAAAACGUUACAAAAGAGCACCGGCCAUACAACGAUUUCCGUUUACCAGUGUAUUUGGCACGCUAUCACCGUUCUGGAUACGCAAACCAGUGCCCUUAGUACCGGUACAUUUCAAUGUGCCAAACUUUGGCAGUAAUCGUGACUGUUUCGAUAUGCUGCAUGCACCAGUGACUGAUGUGUUCGAUACGAACGCUUUAAGGGGCGCCGAAAAGAAAUUCAACUUUUUCGCCAACACGGAUCUAUCUCUGUAUCCGAAUAACAACGACAAAUUUGAUGCUUUCACCCAAAGUUCAGCCAUUGCAGCGGAACGAGUGGGCAGUGGGGUCAUGAAUGUGAAUGGCACCAGUGAGCUAGAUAAAAUGAAAUUGUAUGCAUUUGGUGCGAUGCCCUUAAGAGCUGAUGAAAAUGGAUUCAAUAGCACACAUCUCCAACAGCAGCAAUAUGAAAGAACUCAUAGUUCACAAGAUUCCGAAGACUCUGAUGAUGAUCGCAUCGAUAUUGAAAGUCCCGAUGAACAAGAUUCCCAUAUCUCAGACUCGAUUGAGAGCCUCAGUGCAACUCGCUUAGAUGUUCAAGGCGAAUCAGAGGAUUUGAGCCAUAAAACGGCCAUCAAACAAAAUCUAAAAGACGCCUCCUCAUGUAUACUACUUUUUAAUAAUUAUGACACACUAACCAACUCGAUAAGUGUCAAAACAAAUGCCCGUCCAAUUAAAAACGAUCAUGAGAUCUCGAAAACGCGUCUUUUGUCCCCGCCUCAAGCUCUUAAAGAUUCGGAUCAUUUUAAAAGCUCCACCCUACUACCUUUUGACUACGAACAUGCCCGUUCCACUAAACUAAGUAGUACAAGAGACUUUCGCAUCGAAACACUAAUAGGAAACGGUGCUACAGCGACGCCCAUCGAUGCGCCACGCAAUUGAAAAUGCCAAAGCGCUUCUUCUGUAAAUAGAUGCAAUGAAAUCGUAGCGUGUAGCAAUUCAAAAGGCCGGUACUAAUGCAACUACGUCACUAUUUUUCUUCUUGUAAUAUUUUUAAUUUCCUUU